AUGGGAUUCUUAAAGUGUGUAAUAGGUGUAUUUCUAGCUGUUUCAGUAGUGUUGUCUGUUCUUGGUGAUCCUUUAGUUCCUGCAUUGUGCAUUUUUGGAGAUUCUGUUGUUGAUGUGGGAAACAACAAUAAUUUGCAAACACUUAUAAAGGCCAACUUCCCUCCUUAUGGAAGAGACUUCGUUACUCAUAAACCUACAGGAAGGUUUUGUAAUGGAAAGCUUGCCACAGAUUUCACUGCUGAGUACCUUGGAUUCACUUCAUAUCCACCUGCUUAUCUUAGCCAAGAAGCCAAAGGAAGGAACAUCCUCACUGGUGUCAACUUUGCUUCAGCUGCUUCUGGUUAUUAUGACAUAACUGCACAGCUUUAUAGGGCUGUGACAUUACCACAGCAGCUUUCAUAUUACAAGGAGUGGCAAAGCAAAGUGGUGAGUUUGGUGGGGAAGGCCAAAGCUAAUGAUAUAUUCUCUGGAGGAAUCCACCUUAUAAGUGCAGGAAGCAGUGAUUUUAUCCAGAAUUAUUACAUCAAUCCAAUGCUUAACAGACCCUACUCACCAGAUCAGUUUUCAGACAUUCUCCUCAAAUCCUACUAUAACCUCGUACUGGAUCUAUAUGAUCUGGGGGUAAGGAGAAUUGGAGUUACAACUCUACCACCAACCGGAUGUUUGCCAGCCGCCAUUACUCUAUUUGGUUCAGGAAGCAACCAGUGUAUUCAAAGAUUGAACCAUGAUGCUGAUUCAUUCAACAACAAACUCAACAGCACAUCCAUAAAUUUGAAGAGCAUACUUCCAGGACUCAAACUUGUGGUCUUUGACAUUUACAAUCCUCUGCUGGAGCUCAUUAUGAAGCCCACUGAUUAUGGAUUCUUUGAAUCAAGGAAGGCUUGUUGUGGGACUGGUACAAUCGAGACAUCAUUUCUAUGCAAUGCAAAUUCUGUUGGAACAUGCAAAAAUGCUACAGAGUAUGUGUUCUGGGAUGGAUUCCACCCAUGUGAAUCUGCUAAUGAAAAGAUUGCCCAAAGUUUACUGGAACAGGGAUUUGAUCUCAUCUCUUAA